AUGUGGUUCGUCGAAGGGCACGACAAACUCGACUGCCUGGCCCCCGUUAACUACGUGUUCUCGAAAAGGACAAUACUCCUAGCAGGGCAUACAUUAUAUACGGCAGAAGACUGGGCGAAGGUGCUCAUCCGGAUGUUAUUCCUACUGGAUUGGGGAGUCCCCCAUAACCUCAAUAACGCAGUAUCAAAUACCAUCGGGAGAGCACCAAAUGAAUUGAUUUAUGGGUUCCGCCUACGCGGAAUCCUCGACCUCGCAGCCACAUCCGGAAUCGAGGAUGAGGAAGUAGACGCGCAAGCAUUGGAGGCGCUGCGUAAGAUCUACUAUAAGGAGGCGGAAUUUCUUAUUGAUACCUUAUCACCCACGAGGGCCGGACCCUACAAGGUCAUCCGCAAGAUCGGACAGCAGGCAUUCAAGCUCGACUUCCCAGAGCACUGGAAAGUCCACCCGGUUGUUUCGGUCGCCCAUCUAUGGAAGCCAGCACAGGGAGAGGACCCAUACCAACGAACGAUUCCACCACCGGCUCCUAUUGCAAUCGACGACGAGGAGGUCGCGGACCACUGGGAAGUGGAAAGAAUCGUGCAGCAACGAAUCCGCUGGAAGAACAAGAUGCCAUAUAGGGACUUACUGGUGAGAUGGGUCGGCUUUACGGCCAAAGACGAUAACUAG